CUGGCCAGCAUCUGUGGGUUAGAUCUCCGUCUCAGCCGAGGCACUUCAUUAGCCAGUCCCCAGGCUUACCCCUCCUUCUCUACUUCCCUCUCUCUUCACAACACUCUGUCUCUCUGCUCUGUCUCCGUAUCGCACCGUAACUGAGUGUUUAUCAUCUGUGUGGAAUACAGUGCUGAUAGUAAUUGAUCUACAGAUGAUUCAAUGAGCUGGUGGGUCUUUACUCGUCUUUACUCUUCUCUCUUACUGUGGAAAGGAAUCUUUUGUUUGUGCCACUCAGAAUGAAGCAGUGAAGCAGUCCUGAUCGCAGUGAUGGCCGUGCAAGCAAGCCUGCAGGCUUGGUUUGGAGAGAAGUUUGAGUCACCACUGCAAAGCCCGCGCUCACCCCUCACCCCACGCCACGGCCCAGGCCUUGCAGACGUCUUCCAGUACGACCAGUGGCUUGCUGUACGACAUGAAGCUACACUUUUUCCCAUGCAGGAAGACCUUGCCAUCUGGCUCACUGACAUUCUAGGGGAAGAGAUAAGGGCCGAGCACUUCAUGGAGGAGUUGAAUAACGGGGUAAAGCUGUGUCGACUUGCUGAAAUUCUGCAAAGCAAAAUCCCCAAAGACUGUCUCCUGGACAAGAAUCAGCAGUUUCCUAUGAAGAAAGUGGCAUUUAAGAAAACUGCUUCUCCAGGGUCAUUUUUCGCCCGGGACAACACAGCGAACUUCCUGAAAUGGUGCCGUCAAAUCGGAGUAGACGAGACGUAUUUGUUUGAGUCAGAGGGCUUGGUUCUACACAAGAACCCUCGGCAAGUGUGUCUGUGUUUGUUGGAGCUUGGCCGCAUUAUCUCCAAGUACGGAGUUGAACCCCCUGCAUUGGUGAAACUGGAGAAGGAGAUCGAGUUGGAAGAAUCUCUGCUAAUGGCAGGCGAUCCUGCCCCUCCGAUCAAAACCUUUACCGUGUGCUGCCAGCAUGGAGGCCUCCAUCAUGCUGACUGUGACUCAGAUGACCCUCCCUGUAAUUGCUCACAGAGGUUUUCUAUCGAGUAUCUGGCAGAGGGACGUUACAGGCUGGGGGAAAAGAUCCUCUUCAUUAGGAUGCUGCAUGGGAAGCAUGUGAUGGUGCGUGUGGGUGGGGGAUGGGACACGCUAAAGGGUUUCCUGAUGAAGAAUGACCCUGAUCGUGUGCUGCAGUUCACCACUCUUGAGCAGAAGAUUCUGGCAUUUCAGAAAGGCUCGUCUGUCCCAGACUCUGUCCUCAGUACACAGACUGCCCAACCGCCCACCAUGGACCCGCUCACUGCCGUCAACCUUCUCCCAUCCUCCUCUGCCACAUCCUCCUCUACCUCUUCCUCCUCAACUUCUAUCCCACCCGGCAAACCUAGUACGCCUGCCUCUGGCGCAGUUACGCCACGAGGCGCUGCCCAAUCGCCAAUCUCUACUCCCUCCCUUCCAAGGAAAGCAGCUGCUCCUAAAAAGAAACUUCAAGUGCCCAGUGUCUCUCCCAAGACCACUGCACUCUCCUCUAACACUACAAAAAAGAGCCCUUUACUCCAACCUUCACCAGUUUUUGUUUCCCAGAAAUCACCUCUUGUCCUCUCCGACCGGAAGCAGCGCCCACGUGGCGCUCCCUCUCAGCCACGUAGUCCUGUGUGCCCAGAGCCCAGCUGCAAACAAGCCAAGCCAUCUGCCACCUCGGUAGGAAACACAUCUCAGCGAGACGGCCGGCCACCUCGAGCGCCUCUUCGCACUCGUCUCGCCACGAGACGCCCCUCCUCCCCUGCUGCCACACGUCUGCAAAUGGACACAAAAAAGGGGCGCCCCGUUUCCCCUAGACCAGCAGGCUUGGCAAGGACUCCCAAAGAGACCAAGCCCUUGGUGGCAAAAGUUUCCGAAAAGCCCAAACCUCCAGUAGCAAAAACUCAACAAGAGGUUAGACCCUCACCAGCAAAUGCCAAAUCCAGAGUUCAAAUCUCCACUCCCUCUUCCCAAGUCUCCAAGUGUUCAAACCCCUCCAGGACCAAAAACCCAGGAGGACCAUCUACCAUGGGGACCAGAGCUCCACAGACUGCACAGACACCCAGCACAAAAUCCACACACACUACAGACAGAAAAGCCCAAAGCAGCAAUAGUAGGCCGCUCAAAACGAACUCUGCUCAGGUUAGAGCGGUUAAACCGACCCCCAGCACCACCCAAAAGAAACAAACCAGCCGAACUGUGGCCUCCAAAAAAGCAGAGGAGCCCUACUUUGAGAUGAACAGUAAGAAGAAGAGGUGAAUGUAAUGGGAGCUAGAAUGUGGAGGUUUUUUUUUUUCUCUGUUGUGGUGAUGGUUUUGACUUUUUCCCUUGGUGUAGCACUUUAACGUACAGGCCCAAGGCAUCAGCCUCACGCUAUGAACACAAUGUGUCUCAAAUGUGUGUUAAAAUUUUACAUGUUUUAUAACUUAUUGGCUUUAUUUUUAUUUGUGCCAUGAAGGUCAUUUGUGGAAAAAGGUCAAGAGAUAAUGUCUCUGGUCCAUUUUAAACUCUAAAUAUCCUUUAAACUAGCCCUUUAACAGCAGAGGCUUGUGUGCAGUUGCGUAACAUUUACUUUAACCCAAACAACUUGAUUAAGAAUGUUCAUCUCCAUAAGCAAAGCAUUAACUGAAACUGAGUAACACGCUGAUCAACCCAGUUUUGACUCAGUUUGUCAUUCUGGAUGAAAUUAUACAUAUAAUUUUAUAUAGUUGUUUUGGGGAAUAUCAUUUGUAAUUAUUCAUUAUGAUAUUGAGGAAUACAUCCAUGUAAUAAUAUGUAUUAAGAACAAUAAUGGUUAAAGAUUUAACAGUUAAUUAUCUGAGUAUUCUCUAAGCAGUAAUUCCAUGCUAUUAGCUUUUUAACAUGACAGUGUAAUCUAAUCACAGAGAGCUCUUGCAGGUAUCAAGGUCAGCCACUUGCCUAGCCAUUAAAAAAAAAAAAAAAAAAAAAUAGGAACUACCUCUAAAAGUACAUACAAAUUACCAUGUGUACUGCUGAUUGAGUGAAGCUCAUACUGAUCAAUAUUAAUAUCAUAAUUACUGUUUGUUUUUUUUUUUUAAAUUAGUUAUUUACAGCACAAGCCAAACCUGACUGUUUUUUUUAAAAACUUGCCUUUACUUUAUAUGUGUGGUGUUCUGUGUCAAGGUGUGAAUGUUUGAUUCUUUUGUUUUCCCUGUUUUUUUUUUGUUUUUUUUUACAGCACUUUACAAAAAUUAUUUUAAAUGUAGACUCUUUAAUGUCCUGUAAGUUGUGACUGUAAAUUCUUUGUGUCUAAUAAAGGUAUCCUUGGGUAACACA